GCUGAAUUUGAGGAAACCUUUACUUAGGCGAGCUUCUUACCCAGUCGUUUCUUCAAGUUGGUCUACACCGGUGAGCUUUAGGAGCCGUGGUUUUGGAAGACGAUAGCCCGUCUAUCACUAUUGCAAAGUGGAACUUACGAGCUUCGGUUUGGGAAGACAGUCCGCGCGUCGUCUAAACCUUUUGUCUACUAAAAACCAGUAUUGCAAAGUAGGACUGACUUACAAGCUUCGCUUUGGGAAGACUGUCCGUCGUCUAAACCUAUUAAACAUGGAGAUAAAGGGUGGCUUGACUGCAGCUGCUCUUCAAGUUCUUGACAAAGAUAAUUACGUGGCUUGGACUGUUCGGGUAAAAACCUAUUUGAUGGCAAACGAUCUUUGGGACUUAAUUGAAGGAACCACCGGACCUCCAAGUGAUGAUGAGGCUGCUUCUAAGGCUUGGAGUAUGAAGAAUUCCACUGCCUUAAAUGUCAUCCAAAUUUCAUGCGGACCAGACACAUUUUCUAAUAUUAUUCGGAUUAGUUCUGCAAAAAUUGCUUGGGAUACAUUAGCAAAAAAGUUUCUUCGAGUUCUUAAGAAAGAUAAUUAUGUGGAUUGGAGUGUUCAAAUAAAAACCUAUUUGAUGGUCCAUGAUCUUUGGGAGAUAAUUGAAGAAACCACCGAACCUCCAAGGCAAGAAGAUGAUGAAGCUGCCUUUAAGGCUUGGAGUAAGAAGAAUUUCGUGGCCUUACAUGUAAUCCAAAUUUCAUGCAGACCAGACACAUUUUCUAAGAUUAUUCAGAUUAAUUCUGCAAAAAUCGCUUGGGAUACGUUGGCUGAAAAAUAUGGCGUGCCUACAGAUGCUGACUCAGGCAGUGGCCAAAAUGGGAACGUUGACUAUGGUCAGUAUAAGGACUUAAGAGAGGCUCUGAAACGUGGUGAUUGGAAUGCUACAGAGGAGUUCCUUAAGGGCCAACCGGGUGCAAAAAUCACUGAUUUAGGCCAGACGGCUCUUUACCUUGCUGUUGAAGCUGGGCAUGAGCUUAUAGUGGAGAAGUUAGUGGAUGUAAUGUCGGUGGAAGACUUGGCAAUACCAGAUAAGUUUGGCAACACAGCUCUGGUUCAAGCAAUUAAUGCGGGAAACUACAGGAUGACUGCAUGCUUGCUUGGAAAGAACAACAACUUGGUCAGCAUUGAAGAUUCGAGUUCAGAUAUUCCAGCUUUUCAGGCUAUUUACAAUGGGCAUACAGAGUUGGCUCGAUAUCUCUAUUCUCGCACUCCACUGGAAGUACUAACGGAAGAAAAAGCCGUCAACGGCGCUGCACUUUGUACCAGCGCUAUAUAUAACGGAAGUAUAGGUAAGAAGCAACUCUUCGCCUAA